UUUAUACCUGGGAAGGACAGUCCUCUCCAACCUUCCCACGGCUUGUGAACGCAACACCAGAUCCAUCACUACCAGUAGAAGGAGCUCUUCAGUCUUACCUAAUUCAACAGACAAACGUACACAAACAUGGCGAUAUCACAGGCAGCCAGGAUGCAGUCCUCUCUUCGGUGUUCCUUAUGUUUAUUAGUCCUCUGUGUUGCAGUAAUACAUUCGUCGAGCCUUAAUCUUCACCCUGAGCAGAGCUACAUGCUCCCUCAAAACAGAGGGUUUUUCACGAUACAAGCAAAGGAGGAUAUAUCAGACGGAGAUGGAGGACGCGCCGCGGUUCCGGGGCUGCCUCUGGCCGCUCGUAGUACCGCUAACGGCGGGUCGAACUCCCAUGCCUACCCGCAGCAUCGAAUCCGCCGGAGCACUGGUAAAUCGGCCAUGCCAAAGGUGUACGGACAGGCUAACCUGAAUGACUCCCACAACCAGAUGGUGGUCCACUGGGCUGGAGAGAAGAGCAAUGUCAUUGUAGCCUUGGCCCGAGACAGCGCUAGUGCCACUGGGCCUAAAAGCAGCUCAGUUUAUGUUUCCUAUGAUUACGGGACUACUUUCAUGCUCAUUACAGACCAGUUCCAGCUUUCAGGGGCCAAGUUCAAGGAUGGCAGCAAGCAGGUCAUCUCCCAGUUCUACCAUAGCCCUGCAGACAACAGAAGGUACCUUUUUGUGGACACCACCAACAACUACCUGUGGAACACCUUUGACUUCUGUAAGAGUGUCCAGGGCUUCUCCCUGCCCUUCAGACCAACAGACCUGCUGCUCCACAGCAGAAGAUCCGACCUUGUGCUUGGCUAUGACAGCUCUCACCCAAACAAACAGCUGUGGAAAUCAGACGACUUUGGGGAGACAUGGGUAUUGAUCCAAGAACACGUGAAGACCUACUUUUGGGGUGUAGAGCCCUAUGACCCCCCCACCACAGUGCUGGUCCAGAGACAUAAGCCCCAGGGAGUCUCCACUAUUAUCAGCAGCAUUGACUUCUUCCAGAGUGAACAGAAUCGCAGAGUGAUCCUCGAGCAGGUGGACAGCUUCCAGCUUCAGGACAAGUACAUGUUUGCCACCACCACCCAGAAACUGUUUGGUGGCCAUGAACCAUCAUCUGUUCAGCUCUGGGUCUCCUACAACCGUCAGCCAAUGAAAGCUGCCCAGUUUAUGACCCGCCAUCCAAUCACAGAGUACUACAUUGCAGAUGCAUCUGAGGACCAGGUUUUUGUGUGCGUGAACCACCGGAACAAUGUCACACAUCUUUACAUCUCAGAUACACAGGGCCUGUCCUUUUCCCUGUCACUGGAGAAUGUUCUGUACUACAACCCUGCAGGCUCUGGCAGCAACACACUCAUCAGGUACUUUGCCAAUGAGCCUUUUGCAGACCUGCACCGUGUUGAGGGCCUGCGAGGUGUCUUCAUUGCCACGCUCAUCAACGGCUCGGUUAGUGAGGACAACAUGCGAUCCGUCAUCACUUUUGACAAGGGAGGGACAUGGGAGCUGCUUCAGCCACCAGCUGCAGACAGCCUGGGAGGAACUGUGGACUGCCAGCUCAGUAAAGGUUGCUCUCUCCACCUGGCUCAGCGCUGGAGCCAGCUGUUCAACAUCCAGCUGAGGAGGAUGCCAAUUUUAUCCAAGGACUCUGCACCAGGAGUCAUCUUGGCAACAGGAUCUGUAGGAAAGAGCUUGGCCAACAAACCAAACGUGUACGUGUCCAGCAGUGCUGGAGCCCGGUGGAGAGAGGCACUGGCAGGUCCUCAUUUCUACACAUGGGGUGACCACGGUGGUAUCCUGAUGGCUAUCCCGCAAGGAGGAGCCACCACACAUCUCAAGUUCAGCACCAAUGAAGGUGAGACUUGGACCAACUUUGCGUUCUCAGACAGGGAGGUGUAUGUUUACCAGCUGCUGACGGAGCCCGGGGAGAAGAGCACCAUCUUCACCAUCUUCGGCUCUUAUGCCGACCAGAGACACAGCUGGCUCAUCCUGCAGGUCAACACUUCUGACGUUCUGGGUGUCCCAUGUUCUGAGGCUGACUACAAGCACUGGUCUCCCUCAGAUGAGCACGGUAACGAGUGUCUGUUGGGCAGAGAGAUAACGUUUAAGAGACGAGCUCCUCACGCGACGUGCUUUAACGGGGAAGACUUUGAUCGGCCAAUCACCAUCUCUAACUGCUCCUGCACACGCCAGGACUAUGAAUGUGACUACGGCUUCAAGCUGAGUGAAGACUUGUCUCUGCAGGUGUGUGUGCCUGACCCUGAGUUUGUAGGUGACCUCUAUGCCCCUCCGGUUCCAUGUCCUGUCGGUACCACGUACCGCCGCAGCAAAGGCUACAGAAAGGUACCAGGGGACAGCUGUAAUGGAGGAGAUGUGGAGUCCAGGCUGGAUGGAGAGAUGCUGCCAUGUCCUGUCGGAGAGAGUAACGAGUUUAUCCUGUAUGCCAUGAGGAACUCCAUCCAUCGGUACGACCUGGCCACAGGCACAGACCAGGCCCUGCCCCUGGCCGGUCUCAGGGAGGCCGUGGCUCUGGACUUUGACUAUGACAGGAACUGCCUUUACUGGGCUGACAUCUCACUGGACACCAUACAGCGUCUCUGUCUGAACGGCAGUACGGGCCAGGAGGUUGUAGUGAGGAAAGACCUGCAGAACGUGGAGGCCCUGACUUUUGACCCCAUCAGUAGAUUGCUCUACUGGGUCGACGCUGGAGCGCAGAAGAUUGAGCAACAGCCGCAAAACCUGAAUGAUCUGGAGAAGACCUGUGGUGUAACACCCCACAAUGUGCCCUCUAGUUCCUCUACAUGUGCCCCCAACUGCUUCCAUUGUGGCUCUGGAGCUUGUAUCAUCAACACGUGGGUGUGUGAUGGCUAUGCUGACUGUCCUGAUGGCAGCGAUGAGUUUGGAUGUCCCACAGCAUCUAAUGGAUCUGUGACGCUGGCGCCAGUACCCACACAGGCCCCUCCCCCUCCACCCUCGCCUGGCCGUUGCAGUUGGGGUCAGUUCCUGUGUCGCCGCCCUCCCCACUGCAUCCCCAACUGGCAGCGCUGUGACGGACAGCUCCACUGCCAGGAUGGCUCUGAUGAAGCCGACUGCCGUGGUGUAACACCCCACAAUGUGCCCUCUAGUUCCUCUACAUGUGCCCCCAACUGCUUCCAUUGUGGCUCUGGAGUUUGUAUCAUCAACACGUGGGUGUGUGAUGGCUAUGCUGACUGUCCUGAUGGCAGCGAUGAGUUUGGAUGUCCCACAGCGGACUUCCUGGCCUAUAAGGUCCAGAACCUCCAGUGGACACCAGACUUCUUGGGUGCCAUUACUCUGACUUGGUCUCAUCCUAAGAACUUUCUCCUGGACUUGUGCUACUUCCUCAUCUACUACAGGUGUGAUGUUUUCCGCCUGCCGGACCCGCCGAGGAACCUGCAGCUGUCCUGUGACAACAGUGAGGAUGGGAAGGUGCAGGUUUCCUGGACCGCUCCUGACAAAGGACACAGUCUCAUCAGGGAGUACAUUGUGACUCUGCCUCCUCCUUCUGUGAUCGCUGACAGCAUCACCAACAACUCCAUGAGCCUGUCGUUCAGCUUAAACUCCCAGUACGAUGUGAAACAGUACAUCGUGAUUCUGUCCUGGCAGUUUGACACCCACAUCAAGGAGAGCAAGAACUACACAGUCAGAGAGGGGAUUCUGAAAGCUACAAACCUAACAGCAGGAACAGUAUAUGAGGUUGCUGUGUGGGCUCACACCAGUAUAGGAGACAGUCCCACAGCUCUGUCCCAUCAUCAGACCACUGGCACCCAGCCAGACAGACCCCUACUCAAAGCCAGGGCUCUCAACCAGACGGCUGUGGACUGCAGCUGGACCAUCAGUGGACACCCUGCACAGGUUUAUGGUGUGUUUUAUGCCACCUCCUUCUUGGAUCUGUACCGGAGUCCUCGCCUGGUCCACACCACUUCUCUCAGCCUCACAGUCACAGUGGACAGUGAUGAACAGUAUCUGUUUCUGGUGCGUGCAGUCUCUCCCUUCCUGGGUCCUCCCUCUGACUACACUGUGGUGAAAAUGAUUCCCAACGAGAGGCUGCCACCCAGGAACCUCCAUCGUGUGCGAGUAGACAAAAUGCAGGCCACGCUGAAAUGGCAGCCACCGUAUGACGCCCCCAACACACCUCUGACGUAUGCAAUCCAUGUGCGAGACGUGAUCCGUAAAGUGGAGCAGGAUUACAAGCUGACCACACAGAACAACACGGUGGAGUAUCUGCUGAAAGGCCUGGAGCCCGCAGGACGAUACAGCGUCUCUGUGCGUCUGCGCAACAUGAGCAAGGAGGCUAGCUUCACUCUGAGCACAGUUCCACUCUCAGCUCCCGAGGCCCUGAAGAUUUUGACAGAGAAAGACCAUGUGUUCCUCUUCUGGAAGAGCCUGGCAGUGAGAGAGAAGGGCUUCAAUGAGAGCAGGGGGUAUGAGGUGCACGUGUAUGACAGUGUGACAAACCAGACGGCUUACCUGGGGAACACAACGGAGACGUACUUCCGUAUCAGUAACUUGAUGGCAGGACACAACUACACUUUCUCUGUGCAGGCCCGCUGUCUGCUCAACAGCCAGCUGUGUGGGGAACCUGCCCUUCUACUGUACAACCAGCUGACAGCAGGGGCCAGUGAUGCUUCCCGCAGUGAGGGCCACUCAGGGGACAUGGCCGCAGUGGUGGUUCCCAUCCUCUUCCUGCUGCUUCUUGCAGUGUGUGGCGUCUUGGUGGCACUCUACCUCCGACACCGCCGAUUGCAGAAUAAUUUUACAGCCUUUGCCAACUCCCACUACAACUCUCGCCUGGGCUCUGCCAUUUUCUCCUCUGGGGAUGAGCUGGGUAAGAAACCUUUUCCUUUUGAGAUGCAUGUGGCCUUAGGCAAACCAUGUGUUUGUCACUUGACACUGCAGAGGUCAGUAGUUUUCAGGACCCAUCAGUGGUUGUUUCACUUAGUUGGCUGAUUUAGGGUGUGCAGUUUCCACAGUUGAUUGGUGGGAAGUCUGAUGGGGAUCACGUCUUUGUUGCUGCAGUGAAAGCGUGAAAGGUGGGGAUUCUGAGAAAGACUAAAGAAACCUAAACAAAAUCUAAAAAUCACCUCCAUAUGAAACUGGAGGAGGUAAAUGUAGAGUUUCCCAACAUAAGGCUGUGUGGUAUAAC